UAGCUACAAUACUGGGCCCUUGGCACUUGCAUGCCUGAUGCAGAAGGCGGGAAGGAUUGAUAUUCUAAAAUGAGUAUUCUUCGUGAAGUUCAAAUAGCAUUCCUGGCCUUGAGGUUUACAGAACUGAUGUAGCGAUCGACAUCUGUGCAUCCCGAACAAGUCAUUCAUGAUGGUUCAAACUCUCAAGCUUGCCCUACUCGGCAGCGUUAUACUCAAUGCCUCGGUUGCAUUAGGUGCAGUGGCUUCUUACAAUGUCCCGACUCGCCAGGCUGAGGGCCUACGACUGAUUAAGACGUCUGAUGAUGACGCGGGAACUUGGGUGACGGAAGAGGAGAAGUUUGAGAAGUUCAUAUCGCAACAUGUCGGCUUCGUGGAUAUCACCGAUACCAUGGCACUCGAGACCUUGCGUGUCGAUAGACUCACCAGUGACGUAAAACGCCAAACGGUCCAGGCCUUCCCUAGCACUGCUUCCCAUCAGACAGAAGCAAAUGCUCUCAUCGCCAAGUUGGUACAGAGCAACUUAUCGACCUGGCUCAACGCAAUGGCAAACAUCUAUAAUCGCUACUACAGGGGCUCCUACGCGGCCACAAGCGCUACUUGGAUGUAUGACACGGUUGUCAGCGUCGCCUCGACCAACUCUAAGAUCACAGUGAAGAAAUUCACGCACUCGUACAACCAGCCCAGUGUCAUUGCGGCCAUUCCUGGCACCUCUGAUGACGUUGUUAUUGUGUCUGCUCACUAUGACAGCAUUGGCUCUACGACGUCGGGCAAGGCACCGGGUGCUGAUGACAACGCUUCUGGCAUCGUCGUCAUCCUCGAAGCCUUGCGCGUCCUUGCCGCAGCCAAAUACGCACCCACCAACACGCUUGAGUUCCACUUCUACUCCGGCGAGGAAGGAGGCUGCCUCGGAUCCCGCGAUAUCAUGCAAUCAUACGCUAAAAACGGUGUCAACGUCCUCGCGGUCAUGAACCAAGACAUGACUGGCUACUCUCCCAACAACGUCAUCGCUGUCUACACUGACUACGUCGACUCGAGCCUGACGGCCUUCAUCCAGAAGCUGGUGCCCAUUUACACCUCGCUGCCCCUGUCGACGGACAAGUGUGGUUAUGGUUGCUCGGAUCAUGCAUCGGCUCGCGAUGCCGGGUUUCCAGCUGCGUAUGUCUGUGAUGAGAAUAUGAAGGACUCGAGCCCGUACAUCCACUCUGCGUCGGAUACGGUGUCGACUGUCAGUUUUCCUCAUGUGUUGCAGCAUGCCAAGCUCACUGUUGGGUUCCUCGUGGAAGCUUCCUACUUCUAG